GUCACAUUAACCGGGCUUACACCCACACACUCGCCCUUUAUCGGAUUUUCUGCUCAGAACUUUCUUGAUUUCGACGCUCAGACAUGGCGCUACUUUGUAGAUAUAGUUACACGUGAUGUGUGUUCUCUUUUUCUGGGGCAUUUUCCACGCAGGGGAACACUUUUACGCACCAAACUUCCGAGGGGCGUUCGGGUUUUCAAGGAUUUAGUGUUUGGGUUCCCACUUUUCUUCCUGACCGGCCAGCGGUAUGUUUUCAAUUUUGUUCGGAUUGUUAUGCUUUUGUGUACCGGGCUCGGGUCAACAACCGAGCAUCCAGGCGGACGAUGGGAAGCGGUACAUUUGCCGGGCAGUGCCACUCAGCGGCGAUGCCAGUUGCCCCGUGACGUUAUUACCGGAGCUUACCGUCGGGAGUCAAGAAGAGGAGCUCAGAAACACCGUCAUGCAGCUGCGAGAGACGAUUUUACUGCAGAAAGAAACGAUUUCCAAACAGGUUGGCACAAUCAACGAGUUGACCACCAAGUUGUCCCUCUGCGCAUCAACCACCGACGACAGGAAGUACGACAAGGGGGGCUCCUGGGGCAAAGAAAAGCAAAACACGAUGGGGGAUGUACCCAGAGACCCCAGUGGGUCUAUUAACGGUCUUGGGAAAACCAUGCAAGGGCUCAAGGACCGGUUGGAGAACCUGGAGCAGCAGCAGAGUCGGGCCAACAUAUCCGGCGCCGCCUUCCCCACUGAGCUGCGCGACCUGCUGCAGCGUCGCCUCCAGGACCUGGAGAAGCAGCUCCUGAGGAAAGUCAGCAACCUGGAGGAGGAGAAGAGCAUGUUGUCCAACGCCACGGCCGCCUACAGGCUGAAGACCGAGAGCACUCUGAACGCCCUGGUGGAGCGGAUCAGUGAGCUGGAGAAAGGGGGAGGAGACUUCUUGUCCCCCGAGCAGUUUAAGGUGUCCCUCCCCCAGCGGACCAACUACCUGUACGGCCGCAUCACCAAGAGCCUGCCAGAGAUGUACGCCUUCACACUCUGCAUGUGGAUCAAGUCCAGCGCCCUGCCCGGCAUAGGGACACCCUUCUCGUACGGGGUGCCGGGCCAAGCGAAUGAGAUUGUGCUGAUCGAGUGGGGCAAUAACCCAAUAGAGCUUCUCAUCAACGACAAGGUUGCCCAGCUGCCUUUGGAGGUGCGCGAUGGAAGGUGGCACCACAUCUGCAUCUGCUGGACAACACGAGACGGCCAGUGGGAGGCUUACCAGAAUGGAGAGAAGCUGGGAAACGGUGACAACCUGGCAGCCUGGCACCCGAUCAAACCAGGGGGAGUCAUCAUCCUGGGGCAGGAGCAGGACGUGGUGGGCGGACGCUUUGACGCCGGACAGGCCUUCGUGGGCGAGCUGAGUCAGGUGAACAUUUGGGACCGCGUGCUCAAGCCCGCCGAGAUCCAGUCUAUGGCUAACUGCAGCUCCUACAUCCCGGGGAACGUGGUCUCCUGGCUGGCGAGCAACGUCGAGGUGUUCGGGAGGGGGGCAUUCAAAAGGCCCCUGGAGGUGUGUCAGGACCGGCUGCCCAACGCUUGAAAACUGCUUCUCCUUUGAUUAGCUGGUUUCCAUCCACUCAGCAAUUUUAAUUAAUGUCUAAUCUCUUACUGUGAGGAGGUUUGAACGGACUUAAUGUUAUACAUGGAUGUGGAACUGUGUUGUUUGAUCCGCUUUGCACAGAGAUACUGUAUAUUCGGGUUACGUGUUAGGAUUUCUGAAAAAAGGAAAUGCGUGCAUACACACGUCAGUUUUAGACUUUUUGUUACCUUCACUCCCGUGUUGAUCCGUGUGGGAACAAACCAAAGUGCAAAAUUGUUACGUGAUUACGGUUCUUUAAAAACGUCAGUACACCCACGCCGUAGCAGAAAGGUCCCCUCAGGUAUUAACACCAACCCCCCUCCCUCCAGCCACCUCCAAAAGCUUUGAAGCCAUGAAAAUCCAAGCCAGACACACGCAGGUCCUGCGACUACUACAAGGACGCUGAGGUCCAGGCUAUAGCUGAGGGUUUGGCAUUAGCCUGCGAGCUGGCGUUUGCGUGCGCUGAGUGGGAGGAAAGAUUAACCAGGUCUUGCUAGUGUUAUGUCUCUAUCUUAACUAGGGAAUGGGCUUAAAGCCAACAUUCAUCAAGCCUCUGAUCCUGACUUGUUCACUAUAUCUAAGGGGGAAUGUAAGUGGACGAAAACUAUUUUGCACUUUAUCCGUGUCGUGGCACUGGUUGGAGCAUGUGUGCAAUAAACUCAGAAAAAGAAACACCCAUACUGAUUUAGUUUGCCGGCUCAUUAGAGAAAACCUCAGCUCAUCGGAAAGCUUUAUUCUUUGCAUCUGGAACUGAUGCAAGUGAUAUUAGCGAGUCGGUCACUGUGCUUUUUUUCCCCUCUCCUGCCUUUUCCAUUUGAACAAAAAUGAGAUAUAAAUAUAUUCAUAGUGUCAAUCUUGUGACAUGUUCCUAUUGGUGAUCUGCAGUGUUGCAGUGGGUAUUGUGACCAAGCAUUCAACAAAAGAUUGAAACAUAUGUUAAUUAUUGCAUGUGCUGUGUGAUGUUAUAUUAUCUAGUGUCUCUCCUCGGGAAGAUUGUAUUUUUUUUUAAAUGUUAUAUCUGUUUUAAGCGAGUGUACAUGUAUGAGGCAAUGUCAACCUUGUUCUGUGGCCUUCGAAUGAAGACUUAAGUGCCAUUUAAUGUUUUAUAAAUGCUGAGAAUGUUUCGCUUUGCCUGUAAAUGAAAAUGUGGGAAAUAAAGAAAAUG